UCUCGAUAAUAAUGUCAAGUGUCUUAGAAUCUACACAGAACAAGCGUAUUGCUCUUCCAGUGCGUAUCGAGCCAAAGGUCUUCUUUGCCAAUGAACGUACUUUCCUUGCCUGGCUCAACUUCACCGUCGUUCUUGGUGGAUUGGCCAUGGGUUUAUUGAAUUUUGGUGAUCGUAUCGGCCGCCUGUCAGCCGUUCUUUUCACCAUCAUUGCCAUGGGUGUCAUGCUCUAUGCACUCUACACCUUCCACUGGAGAGCAACAAAGAUCAGAAACAGAGAAUCCGCACCUUAUGAUGAUCGUGUCGGUCCUACUGUUCUAUGCAUCUUCCUUUUGUUGGCCAUCAUGAUAAACUUUUACUUGCGUGUAGGUGAAAAGGGAAAGUUCUAAAGCACAUCAAAAACGCACCCAUCCACCCACCCAUCCACACACACAAGUAUAUCCAUCGACCACAAACCAAAAUAACAGUAUAAAGAAAAGAAAAGAAAAAAAAAACAUAUAAAAAAAUAACAAUGAAACAGUUUCAAUUCCUUUUCUCUUUCAUGAUUUUCACUAUUCGCACCUUUUAUCCUUGUCACUAAACCCUACUCUCCUAUACUUCUUUUACCUUUUACCUUUAUUUACUAUAUAUUUUUGCAACCUGCGAUCAUACACACACACACAUAUACACAUUACAUACAUACAUACAUACAUAAAUAUGUAUAUAUAUUAUAUAUAUAAAUUGCCUAUAUAAAAUGAGGGAUAAAUGCGGAACGUUAAUGCUCUUUUU